AUGAUGGCGUUCAACGAAAAGCUGGACAAGUGCGUUGCUAUCUGUGCUGACGACCACAUCAAGCUCAUCCCCACAAUCAAAGAACGUUUUGCCAAGAACUUGUAAUUUUUCCUAUUCAUUAUUGCUCCAAUCAGUUUCCCAGAUUUCUAUUUAGUUUUAAUUUCAUAUUUUUUUUUUACCUGAGUACUUUUUUAGGUUAGGCUUCAACCCUCCAAUUUUAGUUCUCACAAUCAAAUUUCUCCAUUCAUUUCGAUUUUUUUUUGCUCGAUUUUGCUCGGGUAUGCGCAGAUAUCUUUCUCCGUGAAUUCCCCGUUUAUUGUUGAAUUUUUCCUUGGGUUUUUAAUCAAUUUUUUUCUACCAUUUUAAUAAGCUUAAAUAAAUUUUUCUUGUUUUUCGGGGGUUGAGAAUUUCGAGCUUUUGUUUGAAGCAUGUCAAUAUCUAUCCUUCAAAACUGCAUUCAAUUUUUUUUUCUUCUUUUGCUUUUCAGAAUGAAAACGAGGUGGUUGACAACGAUCCUCACAACUUUACUUAUUGCGAAAAGUUCACAAGGUUCGAGUUAUUAUUUUUCUUUUCAAUUUCUUAUUUUUUCUUCUAGUCUUGAAGAAAGUGGCGCCCGAACACUACGGCCGAGUCUGUGCGUUUGGAGAUUUCAACGCGGACCGAAACACGGAUCUUCUCGUUUCUAUAGGCAGAAAUCUCUCUGUACUCCUGCAGGACAACAAGAUACUCGAUGUUGUGAGUUUUGAGAAAUGAGCAGUUUCUGAGCCUUUCUGUUUAUAUUUUGAUUAUUUCGAUGAAAAUAUAUUUUUUGUAUUUCAGUUAGAAACCGGCAGAUUCACAAAUUCAACGUCUUGGGAAAUUUCGAACGAAGAUUUGGGCGACACGAUUGAAUGCGUUUUGGGAGAUUUCAAUGGCGAUUCUCGAUUGGACAUUCUGGUGAGAAUUUCACUCUGAUUUUGUUUUUGACCCAUCAUUUUUGAAGACGUCAAUACGAAACGGCGACAAUGACUACGAUCACGUGCUCUGGAUGGCGAAAGAACUGCCCGGCAGCGCGACGGACGUCUUCUUCAAAGUUCCUGUCGGGAAACUCGCUCAGCAGGCUUUGGUCAGUGGUAUUCAACAUUUUCGGCUCUCAAAUUAGUUUCUGACUUUCGAAAACUACUAAUGUUCCGUCAUUCAUUUUCUCUCGUAAAUUAUUUUGUUCUUUCGUCUGUAAUUAUCAAAGUUUUGUUAAAAAUUGGGAGAAUUUCAUUUGUUGAACGAAAUUGAAAUUUGUUUCGUUCUCUUAAUGUAAAGUGUUCGUUUUUUUCAUUCAUUUUGACUAAAUUAUAUUUAUCCGUUGAAAAAAACUCAGCUGAACUUUGUGAUUUCUUUUUGUUUUUCAGUAAUUUUUACUCCCUUUUUUUCAGCACUUCGGAUUCGUUCAAGAGUAUUUGGUAAAUCAUACUAUUGAAUUUUUUUAAUUAAGUUUUUUUAUUUCCUUUGAAAAAAAUUGAGGAAUUAAAGUUUGGAGAAGAUUUUUAAAAUCAUUUUCUUUUUUAAACUUCAAUUUAUCUCUCAAAAGCUCUUUUUUUCAACUCAAAAUCUUCAAAAGAACUGAUUACAUUUUAAAAAAAACCAUUGAAAUGAGCGUGUUUUUGUUUUUAUUUUUGGUGGUAUUAAAAGAAAUGAGCGAAUUUCCGAACGGUGACGUUUCCGAAUAAUCCUUUCCGACUUUUUUCCCUUAUGUUUUUCGGUUUAUAAAACAUCUGUUAACAUUUUUUUCCUAUUUCUUUGUGUUUUAAUCAUGAAUAAACGACCUACUUCAUAUAGGAAGUUUCAAAACUAAAAGUUCAUCGAGAAAAAAAAGUCGGAAAAAGAUUCGGCGGAAAGGUGGCCGUCGGAAAGUUCCCUAGCGAUAUAAAAAAAUCAGAAGAGUUGCCGUUUGAAUUUUCGUUGGUAUUUUUUUCAUACCACCUUAUUUUUACAAAAAAGUUUUUUUUUGUGUGAAAAAGUUCAACUACUCGAAGGAAAUUCCGUAUCUACGACUUACGGAAACGAUUUGAAGGCAGUGGACGUGAACGGGGACGGCCAGCACGACAUCCUCGGCUUCUUUCCCAACGGAUCCCUUUUCUGCACACAGGUCGGCAGCGACUCCACGAUCACUUUCCUCGACGACUGCCGCAGUUCUUUCAAGUUGUUCCCCACUUUCGCCUCGAAAUAAUCGCCAUUUCUAGGUUCUUUCCCACCACAGUGACUCUCUAUCCUGGGAUGCCGCAUUUGUUUGUUGAUCUAAAUGGUUAUAAAUUAAAGUUUCAAGUUUUAUAUGGGAUGAUGUUCUUUCAGAUAGCCCACCAGACCUGAAUGCCGAACUCGUCUUCAUGACGAAAGAAGGAGAUGAUCUGGACCUCCAAGUGGGAAACUCAGAGAUCUUCAAAUAGUUUUCAGCUUUCAGGUGUGGCAACAGACGAAAGUCGGCUGGAGAGCUAAGUCUUUCAUUCCAAAACUGCCCUACUCGCAAUAUCCCGUGAGUCUUUUUUGAGGGGAAUUUUGAGUUAAUCAACAUAGUUGAAAAAAAGACUUUAUUUUUGAUGGCAUGGAAAAAAGCCAGCGAAAUUUCAAAAGGCCACUUUCCGACUUUUUCGUAUCGCUAGGGAACUUUCCGACGGCCACCUUUCCGCCGGAUCCCUUUCCGACUUUUUUCCUUAUAUUUUUCGGUUUAUAAAACAUCUAUUAACAUUUUUUUACUACAUCGUUGUGUUUUAAUCAUGAAAAACUUGCCUACUUUAUAUAGAAAGAUUGAAAACGAAGAUUUUAUCGAGAAAAAAAAAUUCGGCGGAAAGGUGGCCGUCGGAAAGUUCUCUAGCGAUAUGAAAAAAAUCGGAAAAGUUGCCGUUUGAAUUUUUCGCUGGUCAUUUUUCAUUCCACCUUAUUUUUUUGCUCUAUUUAUUUUUUUAUUAAACUUUAAACUCAUUUCAUAGUUAAAAAAACUCCUAUUAGUUAUGAAAAACUAUCCAAAAAGGCAAGUAAUUCUUAGUUCCAACUUUACUAAAGCGUCUGAAUUUCGGCCAAAAAUCCACUCCCGUUUGAAACAAAGACUUCUCGCCUUAAUUUGUCACGUCUUGGCGUUAAAUAAAUUCUUGAAAUGUUUUUUUCUUACGGAUAAUUCAAUAAUUAGUUCAAAGUCUUUUUAUCAAAUAAAUUAAGAAUUGAACUUAUAAAUUUACUAUCUACGUAAGUUUCUAGUUCUGGAAUAAUGAACUUUCGAGUUUAUUGGAAUUAUCUUUAAAAAAAUCUUUGGCAGCUAAUCUUUUUUUCUUCAUCACUUUACUUUUCCGAAAAUCAAAGUUUCCCUGGCAACUUUUUUAGUUUGAUUUUCCAAGCUGGGAUAAAUUUGAAUUCAGCCAAAUUUUUCUAUAGAAGUGAGCUGAGUUUUGAAAAAAUUCUCAUUGUAGUUGGAAUGAGAAUUUUGGAUGGAAAUGGUUGGUAUCAAAAAGAAAGUUUCUCGAACAUUUCUGCUCCUUUUUUUUCCCAAUAAAGGCUCCGUAUUCAGUUCAUCGGAGCUCCCAUGGCGACGGACAUCGACGCCGACGGAAACAUGGACAUUGUGGUGCCGAUUUGUCGCGAAGCCCAGUGUUCUCACGUCACUUCUCUGGCCGUCUUCGCUGGGAAACAGCGUGGAUGGGUGAACAUGGCCAUCGAUCUCCAGGUUCAGCGCAUUUUAAGUAUUCUUCGGUUUUUUUGUGUUUUAAUUAAAAUUGAUUGGAAUUCAAGGAAAAUUUUACCUCUGAGUGUUUCUUUAUUUCUUUUUGGUCAUAUCCUCAAAAGUUUUUUUAAAUGUUGGAACUUUGUUCUCCUGAGGGUAGGUAUUUAUUCUCAGUUAAAACAAGAUUAUCUCAAUAAGGCUUUUUUUUUGUUUGUUUCUUCUGCCCUCUCACUUGUCAAACGAAGUUGUUCAGGACCUUGAAGUCCUCUCUGAGAAAAAUUCCCGAGUUCUCUUCCGCUUCGGCGAUUUUGACAAUGACGGCUUUCCAGAUCUGAUUGCUCUACUCGUUAAUAAGGUAAAAAUUUUGUUUUUCACAGUGUCUCUAAUCGUUUUCUUUUUCAGGCGAGUAACACUCCUUACUCGAAGGUCAUUGGAAACAUCGACUGCAAAAACUGCGAGAAAAACGGAACGCGAAAGUUCGAAAUCGCGAAGCUUGAGCUCAUCCAGCCGAAAGAUAUGGCUCUCGGCACCGCGAACAUGGCGACUUUCUUCGAUUUGGAGGUUCGUUUUUUUGAUUCCUUGUUAUUUUUAUCAACUAAAUGAGUGAAGUUCUUCAAAUCGCUGUUUCCAGCAAUGACAGAAUUGUUUUCUUGUUUUCAUUUGUUCGCUUUUGUCUUUUUGAGUGAUCUUUGAUAUCAUACGACCUUCUCUGGAUUAACAUGACCUUUUUUCUCAACCAGAUCUUUUCAGGAAGACGGGAAACUCGACAUCAUGGUCGAAUACUCUUUGUACGGCCAGCAACGUUUCGGGUUCAUCUACUGCGAAGACAAAGGCGACACGACCUUCCUGAAGGUCCAAAUAUUCACCAGCGUCUGCAGCGGUCGAUGCGUACCUGCCAAAACUGAAAUCGGUCGGUUUCGUCUUGCUUUUUGGAUAGUUUCCGUCUUUUUGAGGUUCUGGAAUCAGUUGGGGCGGCGCUUGUGCUUCAUUCUCCAUCCUCGAUAGUUACGGAAAAUCCCAGAAAAGUAUGGCCUGUCAGGUAAUCGUGUAUUUUUUUAUGAUUCAUUUUAUUAUGUGAUAAGAAUUAGGAAUUUUCAAAAAUAUUGAUUUUCAAACAAAAUUUUUUCUUUAUUCUUUUCAAGUGUGGUGGCAAAAAAAAAUUUUCACUUUUUCCGGUCUCAGGUUGAUCUAAAUUAUCGCUAAAUUUUUUUUCCGUGCUUGAAAGCUCGGUGUAUUUCAAAUUGGUUGCAGAAUCCUUCUAACACCUACCGAACCUUCUUGCCGCCGUUCAUCCUCUUCGGCUUGGGUCGAAGUCCAAACUUUGUCGACGAGGUUUGAAGAUUUUUUCCCAGGGGUUGACGAAGUGACUGCAGUUGCACAUCGGCAUACCCAAGUACACGGAACGGCUCUCCGACCAGCAGCACACUCUCAAGCAGAUUGUGCCAAACUCCCGGCUGGUCGUUCUGCCGCCCGCCGACGGCUCCCAUCAUUGGCUCACUCGGCUGUACGUCACGCCGUCCCAGCUCAUAGUACAGGUCCGUUUUGUGAUCUUUUGCACGGAACACGUGAAACAAGGAUAUAAGCUCAGCGAGAUCCAAAACUUUUAUAAAAUUUCAAUUUUUUUACUCCUGCAUUAUCCCUUACAUAUUACAUAUUCAUUAGUCUUCAGAGAAGAUUAUGUAAUAAUUGAAGACUUUUUUUCUCUCUAAUUUUUUUUUAAUUUUCCGAAUUCAAAAACGGCCAGAACCUUUUCAUUUUUAGACAUUUUCCGUAUAUUUCACGUAGCUUUAUUUUCCCGAUUUUUAGCUUUUUCCAACAACCUGAAUGAUAAGUCACCGAUUCUUUUUGAGGAAUCCUAUUCAAAUUUCAAAGCGUAAUAAAAUACUGCACAGGUUUUAACAUGGGAGCAAUAUCAUUAGGAACUGUCCGAAAUGACAGUAUCAUGAAUCUUAGCCAGAGCUACCAUGAAAAAGAAGCAUUUUCAUUAUUCAGAUGCUGAAACUCCACUUUUUAAUUUUUGAAAGAAGAGCAACGAAGACAAGAGUGCGGAGAAGUCAGACUUCUUCAAGUAGAAGUGAAUGAAAUUGGAAGACAUUUUCCGUAAAUUUUGCAUUCGAAGCGUUCUCCUUUUAAAGCACUAAGAAAUUUGUCAGAAUAGAUUUUCGAGUUUUUUUUCUUAAAUUUAUCGUUUGAAGUUUUUAGAUGUAAAUAAACUAGUCGAAUGUAGAGUUUAGUUUGAAAACUGAAUAGGGGAAGACGAAUUUCAGAGUCUGAUCGUGAUCGCCUCGGUUUGUUUGAUGCUGCUGCUGGUGGUGGGCGUGAUGCACUGGCGGGAGAAGAAGGAGGACCGAUUCGAGCGGCAACAGCAGUCCUAUCGUUUCCACUUCGACGGAAUGUGA